UCUAUGGCCUUAGAAGUUGUGAGUGGUCGGAAGGUGUUGUACGGAUCAAAUGAUUCGAAGGAAACAAUGAGAGUAUUUGCUUCUCUCUUCGAACAUGAAGUUCCUUUUGAGUUCAUCAACGUUAACAUCAAACCUAAGGACCAUCGUAGUUUCCUUUCUCAAAUUCCAUUUGGAGAACUUCCUGUUUACAAAGAAGAAGAUGAUGAUCUGGUUCUCUUCGGAUCAAGAGCAAUAAUGAGGUACAUAUCGCACGUGUACAUGAUAAAGGGAAAAGAACAUGUGUUUGUGUCCCCAAGAAUGCAAGGAAUGGUUUCAUCUUGGAUCGAAUCCGAGGACCACUGGUUCGAUCCAUUAGCUUCCAAACUUAUUUAUGAGCUCAUCGACAAGCCUAAGGUUGGGUUGCCGGCGGAGGAGGCGGUGGUUGAUGAAACCGAGGAUGAAUUGGCAAAAAUACUCGAUUUGUACGAGGAUCAACUCAAGGAGAAUGAUUACUUGGCCGGAGACAAGUUUACUUCGGCGGAUCUAACCCAUCUACCAAAUUUGUACUAUUUGAUAAAAACGAAGACCAAACGCUUGUUCGAAGAGCGGCCGAGAGUUGCAGCCUGGUGUGCCUUGAUUAUGUCGCGACCGGCUUGGGCUAAGGUGCUUGCUAUGGUUCACACAUGAGAAGGAUAUUAAUAUUACUAGUUAUGUGGCUUCUUUAUUAAAUUAAAAUGUACGUGUUAUUUUGUAUUUUUUUUUUUUCAAUA